AUGCUCGUUGAAGUGUUUUACAUGUCAAAGAGACUUGGCCCUUCCUUUCGUAACUUGUUUAUUGUUGAUUCUCCUCUCUACCUGGAGAUAGGACAGUGCAUCAAUGGAGUUUAUACUGCAAACUCCUCUUUCUCCUCCUCUUCCAGAAUACACUCUUAUGUCAAUGUUAGCGGCUUGAGGGCAGUAGAAGUGAGAGAGAGGUGCAAUAUAGAGCUAAUGGUGAUGACAUCAUGGCCGUUUAAGGAUGAUAACAAUAUCUCUUUUUCAGACAUCUACGACGCCAUAGAAUAUGGGUUUGAGCUUUCAUGGUUCAAAACUCAGUGUGAAAAUUGCGAGUUGGGGUAUUGCUUCCAUCGGGGCGACAAUCAGAAAUUGUGCACAAGUUACUGCUCAUUUCUUGGAAUGAUUGUGCCAUUCAGUCCUGAGCUCCUCAUGUUAUCCACCAAGUGCG